AUGACGCGGAAGUGAUUGUUUCAGCGUUGUGUGUUUGUGUUUACAUCAAUACCUUCCCAUUUGCGCACCGCGUGCAGGCGUUAGCGAGCACAUGGGAGUGAAAACAGCUACAAAUUUGAUCAAUACUGAAAAAUAAAUCCAUGCUUUCGUUACAGUAUUUGAAGACGCUUGGUUGUCUUUGUCAGAGCUGAUACCGCAAACUGUCAAGGUAGGUUUGAUCUGUUUUAGUCAAUAUUUUUAGGAGCAGAUUGGUUGUUAAGGACUUAUUUCUUGUGAACAAGCGUAAGAAAUGCACCUAUCAGUGUGCAAAACAGUCUUUCUUCCUCUUUGAAUUGUGACUUUGCAUUUGAAUUUUUAUUUCUGUUGUUUUUUUAGCAUCUGGACCAAGUAAAAACUGAGCAGUGUUUGGAUAAAGUGACCAUGAAGGAGGACAGUGAAGCUACUUACGUCCCUAAAUGCUUCAUAGCAGAUCAUCAAGGUUUUUUUGGGACCAUCAAAAACUUCAUCAGUGACUUUAUUGUAACAGAGAUUGACAUUAAUGGACAGUAUGUUAAAACAACAGCUGACACACCAUCUUGUGCCUCAUCUGAUAAGUUCAAUGAAACCAUUGCAGACAGUAUGGAGAACAGUCACCAGGUAGUCUCCCAGGAAACUGGGGAUUCAGGUGAUUGUGGUGCUGAUGCCACUAUUCCCAGUCCCUACAGCUUUGAUUUAAGUGUGAUUUUAGGUCAAGCAGUCAGUGAAGAGCUGGAGCAAUUUGUUUUAACCCUUAAAGAUGAAAACACAUCCAAACAGGAGCUUUCACUGGGGAACUUCUCAGACAAACACCACAGAGCAAACGUCCACAGAGCUAUCAGACACCGCUUCCCUUUCCUCAUGACCGUCACCAUCCAGCCUGAAAUCAGGGUGAGGGAAGACCCAGACUACAGGGAGCUGUCCCAGCUGGUCUCAGAGGACGAAGCCGAGGACUUCUUCAGGUUCAUAGACGCUAAAGUGAGAGGGUCCUCUUAUACUUUUGGACCCGAUGACAAUAAGGAUCACAGGACGGCGGUGCACCACUUUCUGAGCAGACGGUUUGGGAAACUGGUGGAGACGAAGAGUUUCAGCGAUCAGGGAAAAACGGCCAUCACGGUCCGGCUGAGGGAGCAGGGGAGGCAGAAAAAGAGGACGACGGAGGAACGAAAGGAGGAGGAGGUUUACACGGGUAAGGGGUUUAACAGCAGCUUUUUUUUCCAACACAAAAUUGGUCUGCUCACUAAAAUGUGGGCAACAAAGAAAUUACAUACACAAUGCGCACAUCAGCUGGCAUUUCAUGGGUUAGGGUUAAUCAGUCAAGAGAAGAAUGAUUUUAUAUUCGAUUUUCCGUGGGAACUCGACAUGAAAUUAAGUAUUUGUUGUCUUCUCUCCCCCCAGCUUUCACUCUGUGUAAAGAGAACCUGGAGACCCUUGAGGCCAUCAGCUACAUGGCUGCGGCUCUUGGGGUCCUGCCAUCAGAUUUCACCUACGCUGGGAUCAAAGACAAAAGAGCCAUCACAUACCAGUCCAUGGUGGUCAAGAAGGUCUCACCUGAACGGUACUUCUGUGUUUCUUUUCUGAUUUGAAUCAGUUUUUCCCAUCUGCACAUUUGUGAGACAAGAAGUAAGACAAGCCUCGGAAGUCAGGGUGCUUAAAACCAGGGAAAUCGAUGUGAAAUCCUCUCCUGUGUUUGUGUUUUAUUUGUGUAUUCACCACAAGGUUGAAAGAGAAGGCGGGAGAGUUUGAGAGGAGGGGCAUGCGUCUGUCUCAGAUCCUCUCUGUAAGCGAGCCUCUGAGGCUCGGACGGCUGCAGGGAAACCAUUUUGACCUUGUAGUGCGAGAUUUGAGACCACACAGUAACAGCGACACACACUCACCUGGUGUUAACACACACACUCAUCUGGCUGCACUGGUCGAAGAAGCAGUGGAGAAUGUCAAGGUAUGUUUUCAUUAUUUUGUAGUUUCAGUGAUCAUAUUUUCCACCUUUGGACUUCUAACAUUAUCAACCUGUGUGUCGCAAAUCACAUGCAUGUUUCUACCCUGAUUGAAACAUGCACAGGUUUAACAUUCUAAACAAACAAUAUUUUAGCUUUUAACCAUCUCACAAGGAGUCGUAGACCAAAACGGCAUUGUGCAAUUAAAGAGCUUUUCCUCUAAACUUAGUGUUUUGCAAUAAUGCAGAGAUACACUGACCAAUUUAAGUCAUUUAUGUCAUUUUCGAUAAACAAAACUCAUCAUUUAUUGUCUAAUGUGGUCGUACUGGUUUGCAACUGCAACAUCUACAUCUGUUGACUUAUGCAGGCCAGAGGUUUUGUCAACUAUUAUGGACCACAGAGGUUUGGGACAGUGCAGAGUGUUCAAUCUGACCGUGUAGGGCUGGCGUUACUCAAAGAGGACAUGGUAAGUGAAGUGGACUGGCUGUAUUUUGAUGAUCAUCUUAAUUACUUUUAAAGAAAACUGUGUCAUCUCAGCAAAAUAAAUCCUACCAGGCUGCAGUUGACUUGGUUGCUGGCUAAUGUUGUAAUGUGUGUUGGGCUCAGGUGGGUGCUGUGCGACUCUUCUUCACUCCAGAGGAAGGUGAGGAUCCUCAAAGCCAGGCGAAGAGACACUUCUUACAAACAGGUGAGGGCUGAGGCAACACAGACUGUUUGUACUUCAGAUUUUUCAGGAAAACCAAACAACCUAUUCAGCAAAAUAAUCACAGGUUUUCUCGUUUUUUUUUUCAUUAAAAUGUCAGAAGUCUCUUUGCACUUCAACAGUUUUUACUCUGUUCUUACUAGACAAUGCCAAGGAGUGUUUAGCAUUGAUGCCGUUGUCAAAGGUCAGAGAACGGCUGAUGCUUCGGGCCCUGAACCGGUACGGCACAGGUCCUGAUGGUUGUGCCCAAGCCUGGCUCAGCCUGCCCCACAGCACAAGAGUCUUCUACCCCCAUGCCUACUGCAGCAGGUCAGCAACAAGGAAAUACUCCUCAAACGUUUUUUUUACAUUCUAACUACACUAAAAAUAAGUAUUGUGGCUGUAACUGUAAAUGAGUCCUUUACUGAAUCAACAGUGCUCCAAAUCACAGUUACAGAUGUGCUGAUCUGUUUGUUUGUCAGAGUGUGGAACGAGGCGGUGGCACACAGACUAACAACUCUGGGCCACAGAGUCAGGAAAGGAGACCUGGUGUGGAUGCAGGAAGAACCGAACAAGCUGGAUGACUCUGGACUCAUGAGUUCCCCUCAGGUAAGAGAGGAGAGAGAGACAGCUGGAGGACAUUUGGUUUAACACUGACUUUACAGCUCGGGAAAAUUAAUACACUUAACCUUACUCUUACUGUCUCCACACACCAAGAGCGAGUAAAAUCGUUCGCGCGAAUGAAUUAUAUGUGAAGUCAAUGCAAAGACGCGAUAAGACGUUCCUACGACUCUGGUGGGCGAAUUACCUGGUAAAUUGUAAAAAAGCUUUGUCUAUCACUUGAUCCGCCGGUUGAAUUGGUCAGGAUAACCUUUGAAAUUACUGUCGACGCUCAAAUGAAGUGAGUAAAUACUCUUCAUUCAUGCGUCAAGAUUCGUGCGAAUUAAGCGGGUAGAUGAUUUUACUCACGCUUGGUGUGAACGCCUCAUAAGAAAUUGUAAAAAUACAUUUUAUUUAUGGGCAUCUUUCAAGAUAUUCAAGACCACCUUACACAGACAACAAUAUUAAAAAUGGACUUAAUACCAAGACUCGAGUAAAUAAUAUCAGAGUCAGAGGCACAGAUUGUCUGUGGUAGAGCUCCAGAGAAGGGGGCUGCACAGUUAAAUGCUCAAGUUAAAUGCUUAAAUGUACAGUAAAGAGUGUAGGUGAAGGAGAUAGAUGGGUAUUGGGGAUGUUUAAAGAGAGCCUUCCAUGUAAGAAGGCUCCUACUCUGCCUGUUUCUCCAGUUUUCCUCCUCUUUUUUGCAAUAAGUGGGGGAAUGUUUCCUGUGAAGGAGUUUACAGGAUGGAAAACAGCUCAUUGAGGAAAUCCCAUCAUUAUAGUAAAAAAUAUCUACAUUUAAUGCCCCCACAGUGUUGCCAGUAACACCCACCAAUCACAGGUAAUGAUAGAGCAGACAGGAAGUACUCAGUUGAAGCCCACUCUCCAAACUUUCUGUCUGGUUUGCUUUAUUGAAACUUUAUAUUGUCUUUUUUAUUGAUAGUAUGUUUUUAUAUUAAGCAUGUUUUGAGAGCACCAUGUCUUGUUUUUCCAGAUCCAUGUGGUGACAGAGCAAGAAGAGCUGGAGGGAGUGUACACACUGGGACAAGUAUGUUGUAGUUUAUGUAGUUUAAGUCGAUGUAGUUUGGGUAAUUCCAUUUAUCAAUGCUUUUCUUACUGUGUUCCUGUUUCUAUUUCAGAUACUGCUUCCAAUGCCAGGAAACACCGUGAAGUACCCAGAAAACUCCAUGGGGACCUGGUUCAAGGAGAGACUUGCCAGAGAUGAACUGGACAAUUGCCGCUUCAGAGUCAGCAGCCUCAAGCUGAACGUACCUGGAUGCUACCGCCCUCUCCUGGCCUGUCCACAAAACCUCCACUACCAGCUGAACUUGCCCUCCAGCAGGGCUGGAGGAGGACGAGGAGGAGAAAAGGAGGCUUUCGCAGGCAGGAGUAUGAGUGAUGGCCGACUGAAUGAAGCGACAGUAGAGGAGAAGCAGGACUCACCAACUCUGUCAUUAAACUUUGAUCUGGACUCGUCUUGUUACGCCACUAUCUGCCUCAGAGAGAUCAUGAAGUGUGACCCUUAGAGGUCAUAUUUUUCUACACAUCCUUCUUGAGUUGAAUAAACUCUUUGUAGUAUAUGACCCGUUACUUGUUUUUGUUGUGGUCGAUUCAGAAAAAAACGGGGCAAAAUGUGGAAAAUGUGCAGUUAGUAAAUGUGAACAAAUCUGAGAGCCAGACUGCUCGACAGCACUCGUGUUUUGUGAAAAGAAUAAAAUUCAUUCCACCUCA